CUGUCCUCACAGGGUCAUGCAAAAGGGCACAGCCCAGGAAAUGGAAAAGAUCAUGUCGGCGUCGACUGUAUGACACUGUGCCGUGUCGUGCCGUGCUGUAUCCGCGCAUGCCGUUUCCUGCCCACGUUUGUUUGUGUUGCAAUGGGGGACUGCUGUUGGAGGUGUUUGGCGUCAACUGAAUUUCCUAAUCCAUUCGCUUGCCAAGCCCAGAAGUCCUUCGGCCGGCUAGGCGUGAAAGAUCGGCAUGGUGACUGGUCUUAUCGCAAGAUUUCACUGAUGGACAAGUUGCAUCGAUCCACCAAAGAUCGAUCCGCCGUCCUUGACGAAGACUAUCCUGGUCUGUGUUACACGUACGUUUCUCCCCAUUACUGGUCACCCAGCAUCUCGUUGAUGCGCCUAGUUCGGCCAGAUGCUUCAUGUCUCACGAAAUUGCCUCUUAAGAAGCCAACUUCUUUGGGUUAA